AUGAAGCCCUCCGUGAUCAUUGCCGCAGUAACAUGCGCCUCCUCUACCUCUGCCCAUACUAUUUUCACGCAACUUACCGCAGGAGGCACCACUUAUGGGGUCUCUUACGCCAUCAGAACUCCAUCGUACGAUGGCCCUCAAACUCCUGACUCGGCAAAUAUCGCAUGCAAUGGGCCACCCAACCCCACGACUCCUUCCGAUAAGAUAAUCGAGGUCCAGGCCGGCAGCAGUGUGUCUGCCGUCUGGAGGCACACUCUUGAAUCUGGCCCGAACGAUGUUAUGGACGCUGGCCACAAGGGGCCCGUCAUGGCGUACUUGAAGAAGGUCACCAACGCCAAGACAGACAGUGGGGUUGGUGACGGUUGGUUCAAGAUUCAGCAGGAGGGUUUGAACGGGGGCACGUGGGGGACCGACACGGUCAUCAACAACAAGGGAAACCAGGUCAUCAACAUUCCCAAGUGCAUUGAAGACGGGCAGUACCUUCUUCGUGCCGAGAUGAUAGCCCUCCACGGUGCUCGUGAUGUCAACGGAGCACAGCUCUACAUGGAGUGUGCCCAAAUCAACAUCUCAGGAGGAACCGGCACCGUGAAACCGAAGACUCACAGCAUCCCAGGCAUCUACAAGUCGAACGAUCCUGGAUUGUUGCUGGACAUCUACAAUGUAAAGCAGCCGUUCAACUACGUGAUUCCAGGCCCGGAGCUGUUUACUUGCUCGUAAAUCGAGCUUUUCUAGCCCCGGUUGGGAGACGAGCAUGGCCAGCAGUUGGUAUUAAGGGGUGGAUCCGGUGAGCUUGAUCAGAUUGUAUGCCCCUACCAGUAUAGGAGACUGGCACGUGAAUGGAGAGGAGAGGAGAGUAAAUCAGAUGUAUCCAUCAUCCCACGAGAACCAUUAGCGCAGCGAGAACCAGGAAAUUCAAGAGCGUCUAAAGGAGGCGGAAUUCCAUGCA